AUGGAAAUGGGGCUCGUGGAAACCAUCGCCAACAACUUCAGUCGCCGUGUACAGCAACCGGUCAAAGUUUUCCACGACGACUGGCGAGAGAAAUACCGAUUGUGUCCGCUCCCACUCGGUGUCCAGGCCAAUGAUAUCACCUACGGUUCUCUCUGUUUCGAGUGUGACUCGUCCGAGCCUCUUCCAGAAAUGAACUCAAAAGACGACGUCGUGGAUGGUAAGACAGGUCACAUCCCUCGCCCGCGCAAUAAAUGGAUCCUUUAUCGCCAAUACCACGCCGCAAUUAUCAAGAAGGAGAUCGGCCUUAUCACUGCUUCGGAGAUAUCUACCAUGAUUUCGAACAUGUGGAGACAAGCGUCUGAAGCCGAGAAGGCAAUUUGGCAGCAGAAAGCCGAAGAGGAAGACCGCUUGCACAAAGAGAAGUAUCCUGAUUACAAGUACACGACAAAAAAAUCUCCUUCGAAGGGAAAUUGA